CUAAUGUCCUACCAGAAAAACAAAAUUCCAAAAAACCAUCUAAUCAAACUAAUAAAUAUUCAAAUAAUGGUGGUGGUAACGAAACACCUAAUCAAUUUAAUAAACAUUUAAAUAGCGAUUCAAAUAGUAAACCACAAAUAAUAUCAUCAAUUUUCACUUGUAAUCCUGAAAUUGUUGAUAUUCAUGAAAACAAAGUAUCAACAAGGAAUACUGCACAUUACGAACCAAGCAAUGCUCCAAUUAAUGACGUUUCAUUUAUUGGCAUGGGCUUGAAUGUUGACCUCAUCACCAACGUGAAAGAUAAACUUGGAGUCGAAAAGCCAACCAAUGUCCAAAAAAAAGUCAUCCCAAUUUUAUUAUCUUCAAUUCAAAAUAAUGAUGACACUAGCAAUAAAGAUAUAGAUAUUGUCUUACAAGCAGAAACCGGUUCCGGUAAAACCCUAGCAUACUUGCUACCAAUCAUACAUCGUUUGAUUCGUAUCACUACAAACCUUCAGAAUGCCAAUCCGAAAACAAGAUCACCCUUAUCACGCUCUAUUGGCACUCUUGCUAUAAUUUUAACUCCUACACGAGAAUUGGCGAAACAAAUUCUUUCAGUUCUGGAGUCUUUGGUAAAUCUACCACCAUCAAGACUUAGUGAUCGGCAUCUGACUCAUUGGAUAGUUCCUGGUUCCGUUAUAGGUGGUGAAAAAAAGCAAUCAGAGAAAGCAAGGCUUCGUAAAGGGAUAAAUAUUUUGGUCUGUACACCUGGUAGAUUAUUAGAUCAUUUAUCAAAUACAAAAUCAUUUGUUGUAGACCAUUUGCGUUGGCUAGUACUCGAUGAAGCCGAUCGUCUUUUGGAAUUAGGAUUCGAAGAAACUCUUCAGAAAAUCUUGAAAAUUUUAGAUGAUCGAAAAGAAAGUGUGAAUCAAUUAAAAAAUAAUUUAUUGACUUCUCCAAUUUGGCCAAAAAAACGUCAGACUAUUCUUUGCUCAGCUACGCUUAAAGAUGAUGUUAAGCGAUUAGUUGGUUAUAGUUUAAGUAAUCCUGUAUAUGUUAGAGGAAAUGAUGUUUCUAAAGGUCAAAUGUAUUCAACUCCUAAUCAGUUGAAGCAGACCUAUGUGAUAACUCCCGCAAAAUUACGAUUAGUAACUCUGACUGCAAUCUUGAAAUCAAUAUUCAAUGUUGAAAAUAAUAAAAAUGCAAUGAACCAUAAGGUGAUUGUUUUUUUUUCAUGUUGUGACACUGUAGAUUUUCAUUUCGAUCUGUUUGUAAAUUCCGAAAAUUUUCAAAAAAACAAGACAAGUAAUAUUUCGGAAAAUGUUAUUAAAUUGAAUAUGGACACUGAUGAAGAAUAUCAUAGAGAAUCGAAUUCUAAAUCGAAGGAACUACGCUUUUUGAGCACGGUGAUUCCAAAAGUAAGGCUUUUUAAAUUACAUGGUGAUUUAUUGCAACGAGAUCGUACAACAACAUUUGAUGAAUUCAGCAAGUCAAAAUCUGGAAUACUGUUUUGCACGGAUGUUGCGGCGCGUGGUCUAGAUCUUCCUAAUGUAGCAAAAAUCAUUCAAUAUGAUCCACCAACAGAUUUAAAGGAUUAUGUUCAUCGCGUUGGAAGAACUGCAAGAUUAGGAAAAAAAGGAGAUGCUAUAUUGUUUUUGUUACCAAGUGAGAUCGAGUAUAUUCAUGUGUUAAAAUCACAUGAAAUACAUGCUGAACCUGUACAAGUAGAAACAUUAUUGGAAAACCUUGUUCCUAUAAAUGAAAAUAAGGAUUAUAAAGUAAUAGCUACGGAUAUUCAGUUAGGAUUUGAAAAUUAUGUUUAUUCUGAUACCAAGGGGUUUGGACUUCGAGAAGCACCAUCAAAUAUUAAUUCCAGCAAUUCCAAAACUGAUCUUAAUUCAUCUAACAGUAAAAAUAUGAAAAUGAAGAAAACAAAUGAAAAGAGGUUGGAUGCUAAACUAAGAAAUUUAUCGUUGAAGAGGAUGGCAGAGGAGGAUGCUAACAAUGAAUUCACAAUUGGAAGUUAUAGUUCUCUAUUGGGACCUACUACAAAACGGAAAAGAAAGAGUGAUCAAAUUAAGUAA